AUGCAUCUGCCCUGCUCGUGCCAGUUUGAGGUGCUCAAGUUGCCCCCAAAAUCCACAGUUGAGGAUUUUGCAGGUGUGGGGAUCAGCGUGCAUCCACUUUGGCAAAGUCCGCUUACAAUUCCUGGAGGCACCCGACAGUCUCCUAUCAAUAUCCAGUGGAGAGACAGUGUUUACGACCCCUUUCUGAAGCCUCUGAAAAUCAGCUACGACCCAACAACGUGUCUUCACAUCUGGAACAAUGGAUAUUCAUUCCUGGUUGAGUUUGAUGAUUCUACUGAUAGAUCAAUAAUCGUUGGAGGUCCCUUGGAAAACCAAUACAGGCUAAAGCAGUUCCACUUCCAUUGGGGAGCUAUAAAUGAGUGGGGUUCAGAGCACACAGUUGACAGUAAAUUUUACCCGGCAGAGUUGCAUUUAGUACACUGGAAUGCCGUUGUGUACCCAACUUUUGAAGAAGCGGUGAUGGAAGGUAACGGCUUGGCUGUUAUUGGAGUGUUUUUAAAGCUAGGAGCACAUCAUGAAGGGCUGCAGACACUGGUUGAUGUCUUGCCGGCAGUUAAACACAAGGACACUGUUAUCGAGUUUGAUGUCUUUGAUCCCUCCUGUUUGAUACCUUCAUGCCCUGACUAUUGGACCUACGCAGGCUCUUUGACUACUCCUCCACUUACCGAAUCAGUCACAUGGAUUAUUAAAAAGAAGCCAAUAGAGGUUGAUGAGAAUCAGCUGGAGGCAUUUCGGAUGCUGCUCUUUACUUCAGAUGGUGAAGAAGAAAAGAGAAUGGUAGACAACUUUCGCCCUCUUCAGCCAUUAAUGAACCGAACCGUCCGUUCAUCCUUCCAAAGCAGGCAUCUCUUGAAUACUGAAGUACAGCCCAAGGACCAUGCUGAGCAGAUCAGACCGUAGAUGGCCCAUGAAAUGUCAGUCCAGACUGCAAUACCUGGGAAUAACUGACAUUAUUUUUUAAUUAUUUUUCCUCUUUCUGCAGUGUGGGUGCACAACGUGCAGUUUCACAGCCAGCCAGUGUCAGUUCUGCUAAGUGCCAUUUGACCUUCAGUAGAGA